AAUAUAGUCAUGUAAAAUAUCUUGUUCAGUAGUUUGUAUUAUAAAUAGAGGUAUAUAACCGCAAGUACACCACGUCAACACACAAAUACAAUAUUAUCUCACGUGAUCGCAUAUUUCCGCUUCUCGACUAUCACUCUGCCGUUCUCUAAUGGCGUCAGUAGAUCCAGAGGUGAGAGACGAAGAGCACGUUCCCGGCGAAGAAGAAGAUACCGGACCCGAAAUUGCUCCCAUCGUUAGACUCGAAGAGGUCGCAGUCAUCACCGGUGAAGAAGACGAAGAUACCCUCCUCGAUCUAAAGGCGAAGCUAUAUAGGUUUGAUAAUGAUGGGAAUGAGUGGAAAGAGAGGGGUUCUGGUACUGUCAAGUUUUUGAUGCAUAACGUCAAUGGGAGACUUCGAUUGCUUAUGCGGCAGUCUAAGACCCUUAAGAUCUGCGCUAAUCAUCUGAUUAUUGCGGGGAUGACGAUUCAGGAGCACGCUGGGAAUGACAAAUCUUGUGUGUGGCAAUUAGUAGAAGGUACACCCGCAACCGGGUCAAAACUACGUCGUUUUGAUAGUUACAAAAAAAAAAAAUUAAUAACACAAAAAUACUUUCCAGAUAUUUUGGUAUCUUUUGGCAGUUAUAUUAGGAUAGAAUUUUUAAAUUUAAAAAACUGCCAAAUAAAAAGUCAAUAGAAAAGGAAAAAGAUUUAGAGAAUCAAUUAGAAUCCUCGUUGAUGUAGUCAAAAGGGGAAAACCAAAAUAAAGAACAUCUUCAUCUCCAAAAAUCCCAAAUUAGGCGACACAAUUGCUCAAAUUCGUAAAUUACGUAUGUGUUAAUCUUCAUUUAUUCAAGUAAGUGUGUAUUGGUGUUCUUUUCAUGUGUAAUUUAAUUGUUAAUUUCAUUUAUUU